CUCCUUAACUGUUCACGCAUUCACUGGAGUUGGGAAUGAAUCCAAAACGUACUGGGACGAUUUAAAGUGACCCCAGGUUGUGACAAGUUGAGCUCUGUUUCACUGGUUUUAGCAAAAAGUUGCAGACUUCUCCUUUUGCCACGGCCCCUGAGUCAGACAGAGACGAGUCCAACAACAAAACUGUAGAAGGAUUCAGAAAAUAGUGCAAAAAAAAGUGCAAUAACAAACAGAAAAAAAUGCAGCUGGACUUGUUUGUGCAGAAAACUGCAUGCCUGCUGGAUGGUGGCUAGAAGCCUGGGGCCAAAGGUCACGUCAGGCUCAGCCUCCGCUGCCACUGUGCUGCUCCUGGGCAGCGUCGUGCUCACAAGCAUGCGUAGGUGCCCAGAGGUCGGGAUGCUGAGGUCAGAGGAACCGGUGGUCUCGGCCGUUACCUUCCAAAAUAAGACAAAAGAAGACUUGAUACUGUACAACAUUGCACUUUAAUAGAAAAGGACUGAUAGGUACAGACCGAUGUUCGACAACUGAGGGGGCAACAAUGCUUCAGAUGCAAAAUAGCUUAUUUUUAUCAUGAAAGCUAAAUUAUGCCUCUGAUCUGAGGUCAGAUUUGGAUGAUAAUAGUGUAAAAUCAAUUAAAUCAGGUGCGAUUUAUCCCGUGUGGCAGUCAGGCAGAUGAAUGCAGCAGACGUCAGGCUUCAAGCCUGUCGAUUGGACACCUUCAAUUAAGCGGCUGCGGUCUAAUUUCUGCUUAGCGAGGUCAGACGACAACCUGUAGGAGAAUCCAAUCGCGUGUCUGCGGCGAGGACGGCCUGUGAGGGGCUGGCGGCCGCUCUGCCGACUGGCUGGCGACGUGAGGAGGGCGCCGAUGAGCGGCGAGCCGGAUUUAAGGCCCGGCCGCUGCGUCUUCCCGUCACGCUGGCAUUUAUUUGGGCUCGAUUCAUUCCUCCAGGACGAAUCUGCACGACGCUCGGGCUGUAAAGUUCCUCAGAAACACAAUUUUGCAGAUGGGUGUUGUGUUUUUCUCCUCUCUGAACAUAAAUCAGUAUGCGGAGCUGUGGCGUUGUGCUCAGUCAUGCAAGAAGCUCAAACAGCAGCUCUGAACGUUUCAAAGUGUGUGUUUGUUCGGCGCCGGAGAAAGAAAAUGGCUCCAGCGCUGGUUAAUCGCCUUAAGGAGACCGCCUCGCUCAAGUCCACCAACAAGAUCUGCCGCCAGCUGAUUUACCACCUGACCCCUCACUCCAAGUGGACGAGACAGAGCGUUCCCAGGAGAAAGUCGCAGGCCUGUCUGAAGAGCACCCUGAAGAAGAAGCUGUCGGGCGACGUGGUCAACCUGUCCGGGAUCCCGCUCUCGGGCCGCGACGUCCACCGCGUCGCCUUCUACCUGCAGGGCAGCGGCGACGCCGUGUCGGCCGUGGACCUGAGCUUCACCGAGCUGCAGGACGACAGCCUCCGGCUGCUGCUGCCGCCCCUCAGCCUCCUGCCCAAGCUCAGCAUCCUGGCCGUCAACGGCAACCGCCUGACGGCGGCCGUGCUCAAGGACCUCACGGACGCCGUCAAGGACCCCAGGCGCUUCCCCAGCCUGGCCUGGGUGGACCUCGGCAACAACGUGGACAUCUUCACGGUGCCGCAGCCGCUGCUCGUGGCGCUGCGGCGCCGCUUCGGCCUGCGCAGCAGCCUGCCCACCAUCUACGAGUACGGGGGCGGCUGCGCCCCCAACGUGGAGACCUCCGUGGAGGAGCCCACGCUGUGCGAGGAGGCAGACGUGGAGGAGGAGGACAGGGAGGAGGAGGAGGAGGACAGGUUGGAGCUGCGGGCGUGGGGCGUGGGCGACCGAAGCGCGGCCAAGAAUGUGCCGCUGCACUUCUGUGGGAGGUGAUCGCCCCGAGCGCCCCCCCCCCCCCCACACACACACACCACCACCACCCAACCGCCCCGUGACCGGCCUCCCGCGUCAGCAGGUGUCGAGCCGAGGCGCUUCCAGCGGCCCACGCGUUUCUGAAAAUAACUGAAAUGUGCGGUGCCGUGGUCCCCGUGGAUGCGCUGACCGCUGCCGCCCAGACAGCUCUGCACAGACAGCAUCGAUUUCAGCCGCAUCCCCCCGACGCUGCUGUUCUCCGCCUCCAGCGGCGCUCUUUGGGGUCGCCAGCUCCCCGUCAGCCGGGUGGGGCUUAAGUGCCUUCCGUGAGGGGCCAGUGGCCGUUCAGAUCACGUGGCUCACGGGCCCAGACGCCGCCACCUCGGCGCCACGGUUCUGUGGGAUGAUGUUCUGUCCGCCGGUUCUAUGGACGCUUCCAUUUGGGAACCAGAGCUGAACCCGCGCUCGUCUUCCCUCUGUGGCGCUGCAUAAACUGCGACACUUUGACCUGCGUCCUUUUGAGAUGUGUUGUCGUCUUUUUGUAACGUUUUUUUUUUUUUUAAAACAGGCAUGACUGUUUCCUGUGACGUCAGCUCCCACCAACAGAGCGUGUUCACGUUUCCAUCCCAUCAUUCAGACUUUGUUCAU